AGAGCAUUUCCCAUAGCUUGUGGAAAACAAUAACACACACAAUAACUCAAGUCUUGUGUUGUUGAAGAAAUAAAAAUGGGUGCUCUUGAUUUCCUUUCAGAAUACUUCUCAGUGUCGAGGACCCCAAGAAAGAAACGGAAGCCAAUGCAGACGGUGGAAAUAAAGGUGAAGAUGGACUGUGAUGGGUGUGAGAGGAGAGUAAGAAACUCAGUUGCAAACAUGAAAGGAGUGAAACAAGUGGAGGUGAAUAGGAAACAGAGCAAGGUAACAGUGACAGGGUAUGUGGAUAGAAACAGAGUUCUGAAGAAAGUGCAGAGCACAGGGAAGAGAGCAGAGUUCUGGCCUUACAUUCAAUAUAACUUGGUUGCAUACCCUUUUGUUGCUCAAGCUUAUGACAAGAAGGCUCCUUCUGGUUAUGUCAAGAACACUGAUCUCGCCCUCCCUAACCCCAAUGCUCCCCAUGAGAAGCUUGCUACUCUCUUCAGUGAUGAUAAUCCUAAUUCCUGUUCCAUCAUGUAAUCUCUUCUUAAUUAUCCAUGCUUCCUUAUUAUUAGUAGUAACCACUCUAAUAUAAUCUCAUCAUUUUCUUAGUUACUACUACACUAGUACUACUUCUAUCUUUGUUGGAUACUUUAAUCAUCUUUAUGUCGUGAUUUUCAUGUGAAGACAUCAUUAUUAUAAUAUCCAUCUUUAUAUAUAUGUA